UAUUGAGAACUCGUUGGACCGACCCUUAUCUAACUCGAGGACAGAAUAUAAUCUCAGAAGGAAGGAUGGGGUAACCUCCAGGAAGAAAGAUGGGGUAACCUCCAGACUAGAGAAACGAGGGUCUAAGCUAAGUUUAUCCCGCCUAGGUAGUCGACUUGGACUACACGGUUCACCCAGCAAGGAUAGUCUUCCCAUCAACACCAAAGAUAGUCGUUGGGGACUGAGUAGUCGAACCAGUAGAACGGGACUAUCCAGCAGGGAUAGCAGGUCGGGACUCACUAGCAGAGAUAGCAGAUCCGGACUAGGCAGUAGAGAGAGUCAUUUAGCACUCAACGGACCUAAGCUCAGAAGAAAUUCAAUUUCAAGUCCAAAUCUAUCAUUUCCACAGCUAUUUCAAGGAGAUAUAUCUGAUUCAGUUAAUCCUCCAUCUUUCUUCCCAGUAUUAAAUGCUGUCUGUACCAGGUCUUGUACUGACAUGAUAUCCUGCGCAGAGCCGAAUAACGGGGAUGGUUUAAAUUUUAAAAUUGACAAGAAUUUGGAUAAAAAGAAAACCAAACUAUCGCAGAAACUAUUUUCUGGAUGGUUCUUCAGACGCCAACACCUAGAUGAGGAAGCUAAUGACAACGCCGGGCAGACGAGCCAAGUGACAAAAAACCUGAAAGCAAAGGACGGGCAGACGAGCCAAGUGACAAAAAACCUGAAAGCAAAGGACGGAGAAGAAGAGAAAGGAGGGUUGACAUCACUCAUCUCAAAACAAUUCUCCGCAGCAACAGAAUUUCGCAAUCUUAACUUUUCAGUGCCACAAUCUACUUAAAUCUGUAGAAAUCAGAGUGGAGGAGGUUGCAUUUGCAUAGAAAAUGCAUAUUAUAAUCCGGACCAGAGUAUCAUUAUUUUUUAAGACAAAUACAUCUUAUUCAAAUUUAGAACAAGUUAACAGAGAAGUGUAUUUUUUUCAAUAAAUAUUUAAUCUUC